AUGGCGAAGGAUCGCUCGUUGCGGAAUGGGAAACCGUUGUCGAAAGCGCCUCGCCAAAAUCCUCGAAUACUAAAACGAAAGAGGAACGAAGAUGAUAUAGCAUCACUCAAACAGCGAGUUGUAGAGCUUGAUACCAAAGCUGCGAUUGAGAGCUUUACUGACCUUCCACUCUCUGAAGCGACGAGACUGGGUCUCUCUGCAUCUCAUUUCAAAGAAUUGACAGAUAUUCAGUCGCGUGCGAUCCCUCAUGCGCUGCAAGGAAGAGACAUACUCGGCGCGGCCAAAACUGGGAGCGGGAAGACACUGGCCUUCCUUGUCCCAGUGCUAGAAAAUCUGUUUCGAAAACAAUGGACGGAAUACGAUGGACUGGGGGCAAUGAUAAUAUCACCGACUCGCGAAUUAGCUAUUCAGAUAUUUGAAGUUUUGCGCAAAAUUGGUCGACACCAUACCUUUUCGGCUGGACUUGUUAUCGGAGGGAAAAGUCUACAGGAGGAACAAGAGCGUCUCGGGAGAAUGAACAUACUUGUGUGUACCCCUGGACGUAUGCUACAGCACAUGGACCAGACCGCGGCGUUCGACACGGAUAAUAUACAGAUGUUGGUGCUGGACGAGGCGGAUCGGAUUAUGGAUAUGGGAUUUCAGAGCACAGUAGAUGCGAUUGUGGAGCAUCUCCCCAAGGAAAGACAGACCAUGUUAUUCAGUGCUACGCAGACGAAAAAAGUGUCCGACCUUGCUCGGCUGAGUCUACAAGAUCCAGAGUACAUUUCUGUGCACGAGGCUGCUUCCAGUGCCACGCCGUCUACUCUACAGCAGCAUUAUGUUGUGACACCUCUACCUGACAAGUUGGAUACGCUAUGGAGCUUCAUUCGGAGCAGUGUAAAGUCUAAGAUCAUUGUCUUCUUUUCUUCGAGUAAAGAAGUUCGUUUUGUCUAUGAAGCUUUUAGACAGAUGCAGCCUGGAAUACCACUUCUACAUCUUCAUGGCCGACAGAAGCAAGGGGCACGACUUGAUAUUACACAUAAGUUUUCGGCCUCGAAGAAUUCAUGUUUGUUUGCUACAGAUGUAGUCGCAAGAGGUCUUGACUUUCCGGCCGUCGACUGGGUCAUCCAGCUGGACUGUCCUGAGGAUUCGGACACAUAUAUUCACCGGGUUGGGCGCACCGCGCGGUAUGAACGAGACGGAAGAGCGGUGCUGUUCCUUGAUCCCAGUGAAGAAAUAGGUAUGCUCUCUCGCCUGGAACAGAAAAAGAUACCCAUCGAAAAAAUAAAUAUCCGAGCCAACAAGCAGCAGAGCAUAAAACACCAGCUGCAAAAUAUGUGUUUCAAAGAUCCGCAGCUCAAGUACCUUGGACAGAAGGCUUUUACCUCUUAUGUCAAGUCAAUAUAUAUCCAAAAGGAUAAAGAAGUGUUUGACGUUAAGGCGCUCCCGCUAGAGGAAUUUGCGGCAAGCUUGGGUCUUCCUGGUGCGCCGCGCAUCAAGUUUAUCAAGGGAGAGGAUACCAAGUCACUGAAGAACGCUCCUCGGAAGCUACAGCUUGUUUCGAGCGAUGAUGAGGAUGAAGACGAAGAUGAGAAUGCCGAAGGCAAAAAGAAGAAAGCCAAGGCACCUGAAAUACGGACCAAGUAUGAUAGGAUGUUUGAGAGAAGGAAUCAAGACGUCUUCACUGAACAUUAUACCAAACUUAUAUACGAUGAAGAGGCGGGCGACAAGGACGGUAGCAAGGCAAAAGAUGCUACAAAUGGCGAUGAUGACUUCCUUGCAGUGAAAAGAAGAUAUGAAGUUGAGGAUGAUGAGGAGGCUGAUGACGAGCCUCGCAAUGAUUCCGGUAUACAAGUGAAAGAAGUAGCCGGAGGAGUCCGAGCAGUGCAAAUUGAAGGCCGAGCCCCUCUACUCAUUGACUCGAACCGACGAGAGAAGCUACUACAGUCUAAGAAGAAGCUCCUCAAGUACAAGAACCCCGGCAAGAAGCUGGUCUACGACGACGACGGUAAUGCCCAUGAGAUUUACGAGCUAGAGGAUGAAGAAGACUUUAAGAAGCGAGGAGAUGCAGCGGAACAGAGAGCCAAAUUCCUUGAGCUUGAGACUGAGCGAGCACGACUGGCAGAUAUUCGUGACAAAGAGAUCGCCAAACAGAAGAAGCGGGAAAAGAAAGAACAGCGUCGGGCGAGGGCGAGGGCAGAGCGAGAGGCUGCAGCUGCCGAGGAUGGCGAUGGCCCCGUUGCUUACCUUGCGCCGUAUGAAGGAGAUGAGGGAGAAGGUGAUGCCAUGGAAGGUGAAAUGGGUGAGACUGAGAUCAGACCUCCAAGCAAGAAGCAGAAGACCCAAGGGGGCCAUGACCAGGAUACUAACAACAGAAAAGAGAAGAAGAAGAAAGGGACCAAGGUCACUUUUGACGAGCCUGCUGAGAUGCAGACGCUGGAGGACCUGGAAGCUUUUGCCAGCGGUCUACUUGGAUAG